ACCCAGGUAUCGCUUUAUUAUGAUGAUUGUUAUUGCUUUUCUUCUCCUUCUUCUCCUUCUUCUCCUUCUUCUUCUUUUUCCUCUUCUCCCUCUUCUCCCUCUUCUUCUCCCUCUUCGACCACGAAAUCUAACUGCAAUUAUUGUCCUGGAUAUCACCUUGAAGCUGGACAUUCAUUCAAUCUUAUACGUCGUCAACAACUGAACAGUGUGUACGAUGUACUAGCUAUGUUUUUGAAGAGAUCAAACACAACCAGCCCAGCGAGAACGAGGCUUUGAGAAAUCCAGAAACCUUCAUAGUAUUGAUUGAUGACGCUCCGCUAGGCCACUGCCGUGGAGGCUUUUUCGCUUCGCUCCAUGGACGACUAGAAAGAAAAGGAGAAGGAGAAGCUUAAAGGAGAAGCUCAAAGGUACCGGUCUAUGUACGGCAAAUUACAGUGGAUCCGUUCCAAUCGAAUACACCAAGAACAUCCAUAUCUGCCAAGCUACGAGUAGCUACGAGGUAGACUUUCUAACCUCAGGACCUCGUAAGACUGAGGUGCCAUUUUGAUUAUAUUUCCAUAUCGUUGAUGUGGUCUCUACCCAUGUCUUGAAUUUGAGUACUGUUGUAUCACUCAUUCAGUCGAUUUUAAAGAAGCCAAAACGACUACUUCGAGAAGCCUACCAAGUGGAGUUGCAAAUCUCAAUUAUGUAAUCAUCUGAAACACACCGUGAUCCGGCUGAAAGUGUCAAACUAAACUUUGGGUACACCAUGCGUAACAAGCGAAGGAAUUCCGCUGGAUGCGUGGGUAGUUUUGUGUACGCAUUGCCCUGAAUCUGGUGUCUUUCAACCAAUCAUUCUGCCCUAAGCGUACAUGCUUUGAAGACAGUGUAGUUCACGCUAUCAAAUGAAGCCAUGGGUCAACUUUGGGGGAGAUGCCGUCUUAAACGGGUUAUCUUUCUCAAGAUCCACAAAGAGCUGUCAUUUAGUUGUUGUGCCACCUCCAACUGUCCUUCGCCAAAUGAGCGAAUAGCUUCGGAAUGGAGAUUUGAUAAUCUUUCACUUAGAAAGCUCGUCGAUGUAGUCAGUGUACAAUGGAAAAAAAGCCUUCCUUGACAGAGCUCGAGCUAUAUAAAGUAGCCGUUCAAUGGCGAUACGCCUUCAUGCGUCUUAAUCCGUUCGCAUGUUUCCAUUUCAUAUUCUUAGAUCUCUCAACAUUGUUAUUCUCCCAGCAUUGGUAUUCAUGACUGUUUUAUUUGUGCCUUGUACAUCUUUUGUAUCUAGUCCAAUCGUAGUUGGUCAGAAGCAUUUCUCUUCUCAUUAUUUCAAGAUUCAAAAAGACUCAGGUCCGCCAGGUGACACACAGCGACAACAAUGUCGACAAAUAUUGGUUUGUAAAAUUCCUCAUCGAUAGUUCACGACAAUGGAAGCGUUAUGAUUCAACAUUAGCUUCGUGAACUUGUCAUACGCUCUUAUACUUAUGAUUCAAUAAAACCUUGGAGUAUACUCGCAGAUAUUUUGACAACGUCAAUGUAUUCGAUUUUGAGUUAAUUCAUGAGGUAUGCACCAAUUAUUGACUUUUUCUAUCUGUGUAAAGACUGUAUGGUUCCCAUUGUUACACGUCAAACGUCAAUGAUGGAUCCAUCAGAAGCUUUUAAGUUUUUGCUUUGUUAUACUUUCAUCAUUGAUGUUCGAACCAAUACUGGUAAACUCAAAUGACAGACAGAGUCUCAGAUUCCUCGACCACGCACCAUCUUAUGCUCAAUUUCUCCGCAUGCCCGAUCAAAACACUUUGAAUGAUUUAAGUCGGAUUCUGUCGGAAAAUAGAACGAUUGCCAAGUCCGAUUGUUGUUAACUCCCCGAGAAAGGUGGAUUUGGCCCGCUAACAAGCAGGAUAUCUCCUCGUAAUUCUUGAAAGUGGGGCAAUCAACCAACGGCUCCCUCUUUCUCGGACAUUCGAUUGAUAAUCUGGGGAAGAAAUAACAUAAUGGCCAUAGCAAUGAGUGCUUGAAUAUGGGGUACAUUAGGAUUUCAUUUAGUAAAUUCAUUCGGCAUCCCACCUCGGCAUUCUUAAAUAAACAGUGACGAUGAGGUUUCGACAACUAAUGACCCACCGAUAAUUUGAUCUGCGCAGAAGAUGAAAGCAUAAUAUACUUGACAGCGUUUUCCUUGAGGUCCAGCUCACCCAUAACUUAUAAGUAGCAAGAUAUUUCUCAUCUCAAAAGAUUUUCUAGACAUUAUUCCGCCUGUCUUGAAUCGCCACUAUGGAUUCUGCUAAGUUCUCUCAAUUCAACGUUUCGGUCAAAACCUACAAGACAGUCCGAGACCAUGAAAUCCAAGCCUACAUUCUCGUACCCAAAAACAUAUCUCCUGGGCCCCAUCCUGUGAUCGUGAAAAUUCACGGUGGCGGUUCGGUAGCCGGAUCAGGAGUUUUCGCUCCUUGGUUUCCUCAGUACCUCCUAACCCUCGCGCUUCGAGAAUCUGCCAUCAUUAUCGCGCCAAACUAUCGACUCCUCCCAGAAUCAACUGCUCCAGAAAUGAUAUCCGAUAUCUCCGAUUUCUGGACCUGGAUGCGUACAUCCUCAUUCCAAUCUUCUCUUCCCCCCAAUAUCAUAGCCAACCUUUCUCACACUCUCUUGUACGGCAAUAGUGCAGGUGGGCAUCUUGCCAUGCUAUCUUCACUAACCGAACCGGAAAAUACCAUAAAAGUAUGCAUAGCCGCAUAUCCGCAACUAGAUAUCGAAGAUGAGUGGUUCUGCGAGAAAUUUGAAAAGCAUCCUUUUGGUGCACCCAUACUUCCCACGGAGAUCUUGGACAGUCAUUUAGAAAAGAUGGAGAAGGAUCCAAGUAAACGGGAGCUUGUUUCCGAUACAAAAGAUCCAUGGGAGAGAUUGCAACUUAUUCUUGUGGUGCUGCAGCAAGGAAGAUACAAAGAGAUGUUUGGGCAAGAGGAACAUGUAUAUCCUUUCCGAGUUCUCGAAAAGAUAUCUAGAGAAGAGGUGAAGAGAAAGAUGCCUUUCCUUUGGCUAUAUCACGGAGAGAAGGAUGACGUUUUACCUGUUGCCGGCACCACGAAGUUUGCUGGAAAAUGGCGGGAGGCGUUUGGAGGGGAAGAGUUGAUGGUACAUAUUGAAGAGGGCGCAGACCAUGGGUUUGAUACCGAGACAGAUGUUGAUGCGGGGUGGCUGAAGGAGGGAUUGGAGAAGGUCGUGGGGGUUUGGUUGAAGUAGAGGUGAUUGAGUGGAAUACAUAUUUUUAUCAAA